AUGGCCACCCCAGGCUCUCUCUACCCUUACCCAACCACACCAACCUCUGACUUUGCGUACGUGAUUACCAACUGCGCCAAAGCCAAGGUCAAGUGGGAAGUUGAGAAAUGCUUCAUCUGGCACGGCGCUUUGCAAUUCCCAGGACCGCUCCCUGAUCACUUCGGCGCCUCCGUCGUAUGCUACUCUCGUCAGAAUCCCGACGGCUUCAAGUACGAGGUCAUCAACUCCGUAGUCAACGAUCCCAAACAGCGUAUCGCCUUCGCUAUUCGCCUGGUCGUUGGCAAUCAUCAGCAGGUUCUUCCCAUGACCGGUAACGAGCUUUGCAUCUUCCUUCAGAUGACAGGCUUCUUCAAUCCUGUUUAUCGAUACCAAGCGGUGGUAAACUAUUUGGCGCGUACCGAAGGUUACGUUGCUGACCGUUCCAAGUACAUUUUCUGCAACAACGCAGCGGUCAGUGAGGAUGACGAGGAUAUCCGAAUUAUCAAAUUCGUCGUCGGCCAGGCUGAUCCCCUUAUCGAUUCCACGUCCUUUUCCCUGCCCCUUUGGCUGGAAGCCCACCAAUUCGAUGACGUCCUCCGCCGAGACCGUGAUAUCGAGCGCAAGAAAGCUCGCUUGGGAAAAUAA